AUGGGGAAUCUACCAUCUGCUGCGAAGCACUGCCUCAGCUAUCAGCAGCUUCUCCGUGAGCAUCUGUGGAGCGGAGAGUCAGUGGCAGGGGCGCUGGCCCCCUCCCAGGAAGUAUCCCAGUUAUCUGGACUCCCUGAAUAUGUGAAAAUAGUAGAAGUUGGACCUAGGGAUGGAUUGCAGAAUGAAAAGGUUAUAGUUCCUACAGAUAUAAAAAUUGAAUUCAUCAAUCAACUUUCCCAAACUGGCUUGUCUGUAAUAGAAGUAACAAGUUUUGUGUCUUCCAGAUGGGUACCACAGAUGGCUGAUCACACUGAAGUGAUGAGAGGCAUCCAUCAGUAUCCAGGAGUUCGAUAUCCUGUCCUUAUACCUAAUCUUCAGGGUUUCCACCAUGCUGUUGCUGCUGGAGCCACUGAGAUAGCAGUUUUUGGUGCUGCUUCAGAAUCUUUCAUCAAGAAGAAUAUUAACUGCUCAAUUGAAGAAAGUAUGGGAAGGUUUGAGGAAGUUAUCAGCUCCGCAAGGCACAUGGACAUCCCAGUACGAGGGUAUGUGUCCUGUGCCCUGGGCUGUCCAUAUGAAGGAAGCAUCACACCACAGAAAGUCACCGAAGUCUCAAAGAGAUUGUAUGGUAUGGGCUGCUAUGAGAUCUCAUUGGGAGACACAAUUGGAGUGGGCACUCCAGGCAGCAUGAAGAUGAUGUUGGAAAGUGUCAUGAAAGAAAUCCCCCCAGGGGCUCUUGCUGUUCAUUGUCAUGACACAUAUGGACAAGCCCUCGCAAACAUCCUAACAGCUCUCCAGAUGGGGGUUAAUGUGGUGGACUCUGCUGUUUCCGGGUUAGGUGGCUGUCCUUAUGCAAAAGGUGCUUCAGGGAAUGUAGCCACUGAGGAUUUGAUAUACAUGCUUAACGGCAUGGGGCUCAAUACAGGUGUGAAUCUCUACAAAGUGAUGGAAGCUGGUGACUUUAUUUGCAAGGCAGUGAAUAAAACCACAAACUCUAAAGUCGCACAAGCUGCCUUCAAAGCUCGACUUGAAUGAAUUUGGGAUUUAAGACUUAAAAGAUCCAUUUCAGUUCCAAUUCAUUGCAGAAUCAUUAAUGCCAACUCAUUCUGAAGUGGAAGUUAAUUAUAUAGAGCUGGGAAAGAAGAGAUGCUAUGAAAAAAAUUAUCACUGGGCAGAUCAUGAAGUAGACAGAAGGUAAUACCAGCCAUUGGUGGAAUUGCAAGUUGAGAAUUUAACACUGGCAGACAUCCUUCUGUAUGUGGACAAAGCCUGCUCAUUUGUGCUACAGAAAUAAUUUAAUUUUUACCUUAGUAGAUGUGAAAAUUGACUUAAGAUUUCUCUGAGUAUCGAGUACUGUGUUAAUACUUCAUCAAGCCAGCUUACCACAGGGUACAUAUUGUUAGUAGUUUACAAGCUUCGACACAAUGCAGAGUGUGGGGCCCUGACGUGAUUUUCUGCCUCUGGAUCCCGACUUUCCAUUUGCCAAGUUUGUUAAGUUAUGGACCAAGUGCCAAAUUUUCAUCUGAUUCUACAUAAUUUUUAGCAAUAGAACUUUUAUAUUUCAAGUAUGGCUAACAUCUGUUAACUAUUUCAAUGACUUUACUGUGCUCCAAGAUGCUGUGGUCAAUGGCAAGAUGCCAUAUCCUGAAAACACAUCAUACCUCCCAUGUUUGUUCCAUGCAUCCAGUUUGCUGUGUUUUACAAUUACUUCAAUUGUAAGAAAAAGUCCACAGUGUUAUUUAAAUAUAGAGAAACUAUAAGGUAUAGUUUUUGUCCUGGUGUCUAAGGGACAGUAAUGACUGUAGGCUGAUAGAGACAUCACAGUCUGUUUCCAUAAUAUCUAGUUUAUUUCUGAAUUGCACAAAGAAAUGGUGUUGUGAUUUAAAGAAAGUUAAUAUAAAUUUUAACUGGCAAAAAUUCUGUUUCCAUUGACUUACUGUACCCUAGCUGUUUACUUUUGUUUUACUUUAAGAUAUGUAUUUUAAAGUGGUAGAAAUCCUAUCUAUUGUCCCCCACAGCAUUGCCAGUUAUAAGAAAAAUUAAUACAUCAAAGAUCAAGGCCAGGAAAUGGCCCAGUAGCUAAAAAUACUGGCUGUCCUUCAGGGACCUGGUUUUGGUCCCCAGAACCCACAUGGUGAUUAAAUACUAACUCCAGUUUUAGGGGAUCUGAUUGCUUCUUCUGGCCUCUGUGUGUACCAAUCAGACAGAUUGUACAUGUGCAUACAUGCACAUAAAAUAUCAUAGACAUCCUAGAAAACAGUAAAGGCAUUUAAAUGAAAAUAUUCCAAAAACAAGAGGGAUAUUAGAACCAAAAUAUCAUUAAAGGUACAUAAUAGGAAAAAGAUUGGAAACAUAUGGGUUGACAAAGAAACCUAAAUUUCCACAGAUGACUAACUUGUCAGCUUGUAAAAUGGUUCUUUGGUAGGUUCU